UUUCAGAUGUAUAUAAACAAUUUGUUUAGUGACAUUCUACACCAGUGUUGAUCUAACUUUGAGAUUUAAAGUUACCAGUAACCUAAUACUUGGUUCUUAUUUUUCUUUUUCAAUUAAACUUUUGGAAUACAACAUGAAAGGAUUUAUUAUAUUAAUUUGUUCUAUUGGGAUUGUAUUAGCUGCACCACAGUAUAAUUAUUCACCAGGGCAUUCAGGAACAUCACAUCACGGUUCAUAUAGUAGUGGUGGUAGUAGUACCUUAAGUGGUGGAUCUGUUUUUGGAAAUUUUGGUGGUAGUUUAGGUGGUGGUGGUGGUAGCCGCUUUACAUCAUCUGGAGCAGAUUUUGGUGUUACCGGUGGUGGUGGCCAAGAAAUAAUAACAAAACACUUUUUCAUUCAUUCAGCACCUGAAGAACAAGAUGAAGUUGGUGCCGACAAAGUUAUUAAUUUAGGUCCAGGGCGUAAACACUACCGUGUGGUAUUCAUUAAAGCACCACAUCAAGGAGCCCAAGCUGGCAAAGUUAGACUUAUUGCACCAGCCAAUGAAGAAAAGACUGUUAUUUAUGUAUUAAGUAAGAAAACUGAUUUGUCUGAAAUUCAAGCUGAUGUACAACAAGCACAAUCUGAACCUACCAAACCAGAAGUACACUUUAUUAAAUAUAAAACCAAUGAGGAAGCUGCUCAUGCACAAAGAACAAUUCAAGCUGAUUAUGAAAAAUUGGGUGGUACAUCACAAGUAUCUGAUGAAGGUGUGGCUCCGAUUCAAUCAGUCAUUGGAGUUUUGGGCGAUUCAUCAACUGGAGGAGGGCAUUCAGGUGGCAACCUCAUCGGAAGUGGAUCAUUCACAAGUUCCGGAGGAAGUUAUAGUCAGGGUUCUAUUAACAGUAUCACUGGAAGCAGCUCUAUUACUGGUGGUGGUGCUCCAGCCACUUCAUAUUUACCACCAAGUCAUUAGAAAAAUAUAAUGAUGGUAAAAUCGUGGGUGGGUGAAUAAAUCUGUUUGUUAUGUAAAUAUUGAAAAAAUGAAAAAGAAAACACAAAAUUCUCUUUUUAUAACUGAAUUUGUAAAAUAGUAUUUAAUUAAAUAUUUGUUUUUAAUUAUAGAAAUAAUUUUUUAUUAAUUGUUAAUAAUUUUAAAGAAAUUUUUGUCAUAUUAUGUAAUAUAAAUAGUUUACACUGUCGUUCAUAUGUACUUUAAA